ACGCCUUGUGCUCGACAGAGGGCUCUUCGCGGUGCCACAUAUCUCAGAAUACAGCAAUUCCCCCUCCUGAGCUUUUGCGGCUCUAUAACGCAUACAAAUGACAUUUUUCCACCGAACAGUUGAUUUUGAUAAGCGCACCAACUACUAGAGCUGUCAAUUAUACUUUUUAAGAAGAGAGAGAGACAUAAAUGUUGAUGUCCACUGACAGCAAGGCUGUUGUCGAUAAUACUUGAGCCAAACUGCAACGACUAGAAAAGGUCGUUUGAAAGGAUAGUCUGGAUGGAAAACAAGGCUCCUGUCCUUCCUCAAGAAAACUGACAAGCAAUAGUCUGAAUUCAAGGUCACCUGUGCCAGACGUCAUGACGACGGGCCCGUCUGCACGGUACCGUCCCACCUGGGACCUGGCCCUGGACCCCCUGAUGUCCUGCAAGCUGUGCCUUGGGGAGUUCCCACGUGAGCAGAUGACCACCAUCAGCCAGUGCCAAUGUGUCUUCUGCAGCCUGUGCCUGAAGCAGUAUGUUGAACUUCUGAUCAAAGAGGGCCUCGAAACCACUAUUAGCUGCCCAGACUCUGCCUGCCCAAAACAAGGUCACCUGCUAGAGAAUGAGAUUGAAUGCAUGGUGGCAGCAGGGAGCAUGCAGAGGUACAGGAGGCUGCAGUUUGAGAGAGAGGUGCUGCUGGACCCGUGUCGAACCUGGUGCCCGUCCUCUUCAUGCCAGGCAGUGUGCCAACUGAAGGAGGGGGAAGUGGCACUACCACAGCUGGUCCAGUGCUCGGUGUGCAGGCUGGAGUUCUGCUCAGCCUGCCAGGCCAGCUGGCAUAAAGGACAGGCCUGCCAGGACAACAUGCCCAUCAUCACCUUCCUACCCGGGGAGACCAGUUCCUUCUACAAGAGCGACGAUGAAGAUGCACCCAUCAAGUGCUGUCCCAAGUGUAAGGUGUACAUCGAGAGGGACGAAGGCUGUGCUCAGAUGAUGUGCAAGAACUGUAAGCACGCCUUCUGCUGGUACUGUCUGGAGUCUCUGGACGACGACUUCCUCCUGAUCCACUACGAUAAAGGGCCAUGCAGAAACAAACUGGGCCACUCCAGAGCUUCAGUGAUCUGGCACCGGACACAGGUGGUGGGGAUAUUUGCUGGCUUCGGUCUGCUCCUACUGGUGGCUUCUCCCUUCCUCCUCCUAGCCACACCCUUUGUUCUGUGCUGCAAAUGUAAAUGCAGUAAAGGAGAUGACGAUCCUCUGCCUACCUAACCAACCCUGCCCUGGACACAGGGUCAGGUCAGCUCACCUGACAGACAGGGGCACCAGGCCUGUUGAUGGACAGGGUGUUUGGUGUUUGGUUAGUCAUCCACUCCUUACAGUGUUUUAAUCCCGCACACCGGCCCAGAGGACUCUUAGGGAUUGAUGGGUUUGUCGCUGGGGCAGCACAGUGCAAGUGGAAGAGGAAUAUUGACUUUGGGCGGAGCCAGCAAAUUGGGUUGUGGGGACACUCUAAACAGUGUAGUUUUGAUGUGAUGUGUUAAGAAGGACCGGACCUGCAGAGGCGAGGAGGACAGAACCACCAGUCAGUGUUGGGCUGGGUUGGUUGUUGCUUCAGAGGUCAAUCUGGGAUUGGUGGUUAUAGCUCUGUCUAUGUGUGUCAGGUUCAAGGUUAAGGUUAUUUGUACAACUGUCUUGGUGCUUGUUUGGGGGACUGCAAAUAUAAUGUAGGUAUAUUUGGAGGGAGCAGCCUUGGCUAUCAGCCACGGAAUGUGGAAGUGUCUCCUAUAAGGGUAGAUACUGUGUCCCAAGUGACAACGUAUUCCCUAUAUAAUCCACUAUUUCUGACCAGGACCCAUAAGGCUCUGGUUAAAAGUAGUGCACUAUUUAGGGAAUAUUUACUUACCAACCGGUUCUCCCUCUUCAGCUCUUGAGCUUUGUAUAAGAACACAAACAAUAUCAAGGAUCUCAUCAGAGAAAACCAUUUCAGAUUAUCCGUUUGUAUCAUGUAAAUCUCUGAGGAUUCACAACGUCCCUCAAAUAUAUUUUGAACGUUUUGUUUUCUAUUAUAGACUUGCUGGGAAAGAUUUGUCAGAUAAAAGAUGAGACUAUUGUUCAACAUAACCUACAGGAUGCAUGGCUACUAUAUGCUUGAGGAUGUCAUAUAAUCUCCUCAGAUUAUAAGGAGUCAACUUUACCACCAUCUUGAAUUUACUGCCCGUUCUCCCGAAGAAAAAUAUGUGUAAAUGGGCAAACUUCCUUUGCAACUAUUUACCAUAGAAUAAUUUGCUAGAAUCGAGAGUGAAUGGUAUAACAUUGAUCUUUCAGUAUUUAUAUCAACACAGUGGAAUAAACAGCAUCCCAGAUGUAGCAAGCAGGAGUCGAUUCCAUUUCAGUUAAAUCAAUUCAGGAAGAUAAAUGAAAUUCCAAUUUCAAUUUUCCUCAUUGCUUCUUUGAGAAAUAUUUGGAAUUGGAAUUUCAAUUUACUGAAUGAAAAGGAAUUGACCCCAAACCUGGUCGCAAGUGCUAAUGUCCACUGAAUAACCCAUUCUGUAGCAGCUCAACCUACUUCUGUUAUAUUUACUAGCAGUGAAACCUCUUUACCCUUUAAUGAGUUAAACUAACCAUCUUAUAUUAGACAAUGCACUUGAGUUGAGGUAGCCAUGGUGCCACAAAAUGUCUUUCAAAUCUACUUUGAUAUGAGUGUGAUUGAUUCACACUCCCUUUUUACCAAAAUGCUCUUAUUUGAUAUUGUACAAUUCUGAACACUACUGUUAUUUAUCCUACAAUUUGUCACAUGUACUACUAGCAUUCUCCUGUUACGCUCCACACCAAUUAUGUUGAGAAAGACUUCAUUGCUUGCGUGUUGUAUUUUUGUGGAUAGAAAAAUAUCAGAAUAGUAGCUUUACUUAAAAGAAUUCUGUGACACAAUGACAAUGGUGUACAUUCAGGGUUUAAAAAGUGUACAAGUAUUCGAUCACAUAGUUUUUUGUAUACGGAUAUAAUCUCAUCCCCAGGUUCAAGCGCUAUGACAGAGCGAGAGCCAGCAAGUGGACUAGAUUAAUAUGGAUGUAUUUCCAUGAUAUGAUUUCAAAUUUUUAAAUGUACUGCUUAAUUGAUCAUUUCACGGUAUUCUGUCACAAAACCUGACCAAUUGAGUCAGACUCCAAAUAUGGGCUCAACACAUCUUGGUCCAGUUUUAUAGCAGCAAUUGGGUCAAUACAGCAGGAGACUUAUCUGAGAAAUGAGGAGGUGUGUGUGUGUUAGGGGGUGGGAUCAGGCUAAUAGGCUUAUUUAUAAUUGGUGGUCAAGUUUUUGGAGUCAAAUGUAGCCAAAAUGAUCCUUUAAGAUCUCUAGGUCAGGACCACUUGUAGUGUGUGUUCACUUCCAUUUUAACUUAUUCAGUUUGUUUGUAUUUAGGGGGUUUUAUGUUUAAAGAAUAUUGCAUUGCACUCAACUAAUUAUAUUUAAACUGUAUGAAGAACAUCUUUGUUACUGUAGCAUUUCUGCAUAUGAGUUCUGUUAUGUUAAAUGGAUACUUCGGGAUUUUGGCAAUGAGGUCCUUCAUCUACUUCCCCAGAGUCAGAUAAACUCGGGAAUAGUAUUUUUAUGUCUCUGUGUGCAGUUUGAAGGACGUUGCUAUCUAGCGCUAGCGCAAUUGCUAACUAGCCUUAACACCAUGCAUGCUAGCAGAUACCAUAGACUUCCAGCCAUUGCGCUAACGCUAGUUAGCAUUGCCAAAAUCCCCAAAUAUCCAUUUAAGUUCUUGUUCAGAUGUUUACAUACUGUACAUUUGUUUGUAACACCACAUACUUUAAAUAAAAAGCACAGUUAGCUUGUUCUGGUAGCAGGUAUUCUUGGUUAUGUGCUUUGAUGGAAUCAAAUUAAAUGGAAUCAAAUUAAAUCAAAUUCUACCUGUCA